UGAGUCUCUCCGGUAUCACAACGGUUCGUGAGAGAGCGACGCAUUAUUAACUCAAUGUUGGCGUCUGGGAAGCUGCAGCCAUGCCUUCGUACACGAUGUAUUCCAUAUUAUUCUGGAAGGAAUCUAUAUAGGAGCCUUUCGACGGCUGCCAACGCUCAACCACCAUCCUCUCCCAAGCCUCGCGCCCAUCUCAAGAUUCCUGCCUCCUCUCUCUCUUACCACUGGGAUACACUCCCUCCCACGCCCGAACAACUCAAACAUGCAGCGAAGUUCUUUCAAAAAGAACCUCCCAUAUUUCUGUGGUCGGCGCCAAAAUUCAAGACGAUGGACUGGGGGGACAGUCCCGAAGUCUGCUUCCUGGGCCGCUCCAACGUCGGGAAAUCGUCUCUGCUGAACGCACUCCUCUGCAAGAAGAUCGCACACACGAGUUCGAAGCCCGGGCGGACGAGGGCCAUGAACGCUUUCGCGGUCGGCGGCUCCGAGGACAACGGCAAGAAUCGGCUCGUGGUCCUAGACAUGCCGGGCUACGGGAAGGGCGGCAGAGCCGAAUGGGGAACGCAGAUCUUGAAAUAUCUAGGGCAGAGGAAGGAGUUGAAGAGGGCUUUCCUCCUCGUGGAUGCGGAGCAUGGGAUUAAGGAGACGGAUCGUCAGCUCAUUGAUUUGUUCAAGGAGAAGGAGGUGCCGUAUCAGAUUGUCCUGUCCAAGGUGGAUAGGGUGCUCUUUGAUGGAAGUAGGACCCCGAGUCAAGGAGCGCUGGAAUCUAGAUUCUCGCAGUUGCGGAGGACGAUGGAGAGUGUGAAAGAGCUGGUGCAGCCGGAUUCAGAGGAGGAUGGAGGGGCGGUGGGGGAGGUUAUCGCAUGCAGCUCGGAGAAGUGGAUUGAGGGGAAGAGGAUGGGCAUUGAUGCUGUGAGGUUUGCCAUGCUCCAAGCUGCGGGGCUGGAGUUGCGGCCGAAGGUCAAGUUGGCCGCACCUGUGGAGAUUGUUCCUUACGAAGAGAUUUUCGGGAUGGGGAAGUCAGGCGGCUGAGGGGGUGGACAUGACUGAAGAUACAUGAAGAUAUAAAACCAGGGGAAUCAUCCAUAUGAAGCUUCGAGGCAGGGUCAGCCCCGAAGCGUUGAAGAGGCUUAGAUCUUCUGGAUAAAGAGGAUGAGAGUUAGUCACGCUUCAGGGACAAGGUCAAGCAUGGCCGAUCUAAGGAAGAACCGUGGAAGAUUCUGUUGCAGGACGGACGCGGAUGGAUGGAUAAAGUUGAGAACAGGUUGAGUUGUUACUAGAUGAACUGUCAACAACAGCUGUCAAUUGGAAUCUCUCCA